AUGGGUUCCGUCUCCACCCCCGAGUACGAUGCCAUCAUCGUAGGCAGCGGCUUCGGAGGAUGCUACGUACUUCGCAGGUUGAGAGAAGCCGGCCUCAAGUGCCUCGCCAUCGACGACGCCGGUGAUCUCGGAGGCGUCUGGUACUGGAACGCCUACAGAGGUGCCCGUGUCGACACCCCCGUACCCCUCUACGAGUUCUCGGAUCAGCAGUUGUGGCAGGACUGGACGUGGUCGGAGAAGUACCCAGGCCGCGAUGAGCUGCGAAGAUACUUUGAUCACGUCGAAUCCAAGCUGCACCUCAAGAAGGACAUCCUCUUCAACACGCGCGUUGUGGCCGCUGAAUUCAACCAGGCUGAAAACAUCUGGAACGUUGUCGACAGCGCGGGCGUCAACCGCACGGCGCGCCACUUCAUCCUCUGCACUGGAUUCGCUGCUAAGCCAUACAUCCCCAACUUUCCGGGUCUCGACAGCUUCGCCGGUACCUCUUGCCACACAUCCAAGUGGCCGCAAGAAGGCAUUGACUUCAAAGGCAAGCGAGUGGGCAUAGUUGGCAACGGUUCCAGCGGCCUCCAGGUCAUUCAAGAUGUUGCCCCGGAGGUGGCUCACAUGACCGUCUUCCAGCGAAGCCCGACCUACGCCCUUCCCAUGCGUCAGACGCCUCUACAAGACAAGGAUCAGAUCAAGUCACAGUACGCCGAGAUCUUUGAGCGUCGCGUGUCCAAGUUUGCUGGCCUUGACUCCGAAUUCAGCCCUAAGUCGGCCGUCGAGGUGUCGGACGAGGAGCGAGAGGCCUUCUUUGAAGAGAUCUGGACCAAGGGAGGGCUCUCCUUCUGGUUGGGAACUUAUCAGGACGUUAUCCGUCACCCCAUCGCCAACAAAUAUGCGUACGAGUUCUGGCGCAAGAAGACCCUCCCUCGAAUCGAGAAGCCCGAGAUUGCUGAGCUUCUGGCCCCUCGGGAGCCCCCUUACUACUUUGGCACCAAGCGCGCGACCCUGGAGCAGAGAUAUUACGAGGUCUACAACCAGGACAAUGUCGACUUGAUUAGCACCAAGGCCAACCCCAUCGUCAAGGUUGUCCCAGAGGGCGUCAUCACAGAGGACGGGAAGCUUCGGGAACUCGACAUCCUGAUCUUGGCGACCGGAUUCGACUCUGUCACCGGCGGCCUCCUCUCCAUCGACAUCAAGGGCGUCGACAACCUGGCCCUCAAAGAUAAGUGGAAGAACGGCACCUCGACCGAGCUGGGCAUGAUGACGGCCGGGUUCCCAAACAUGAUGUUCCUGUACGGACCCCAGGGCCCAACCUCGUUCUGCAACGGCCCGACCUGCGCCGAAGUCCAGGGCGAUUGGAUUUGCGAGACUAUUCUUCGUCUCCGGCGGGACAAGUGCCAGUUCAUCGAUGCCACUCGCGAGGCCGAGCAGGAGUGGCGCGACCUCGUCCAGCAGAUAGGUGAUCAGACGCUGCUGCCCCAGACAAAGUCGGAGUACAUGGGUACCAACAUCCCCGGCAAGCCUAAAGAGAUGCUCAACUUUCUCGGUGGAUUGGUGGAAUACACCAAGCAGAUUAACGGCGCUUUUGAGAAGGGCAAGAACUGUUUUGUCGUGUAUUAG